AUGGAGGCCAAGUCUUUGGCCGACCUCAACGUCCUCGCAGGGAAUCCACCAAGCUAUUGUGCAGAGACGGAGGGCCGAAAGAAGCCAGAGCCUCUCGUCUUGUACAUCGCUCGUGUUCCACACACAAACGAUGUCAUUCUUUCAACACUAAAGCCUCAAGAGAGGAACGUUACAGACCAAGAUGUCUUGAGUGCUCUGUACUACGUGCAUCUGGAACCACCUUCGAGUGAUCCGGAUGCCCCCGAACCACUCCGUGAUGAGAGAGCGUACCGUUCUAGUGAGGAUAGUGGUCGUUCGCCGCAAACCAUCGCUCGAAAGCCCGUGCCUGGUUCGGCCCGUCCUCUCACCCCUGACAGCUUGCCAAACGGGGUUCACACCUCCCAGCAGACCACGGAUUUGACUGUCGCUACAUUACCACAGACUGGUGAUGGGUCUGGAAACGGAACAACGAUGAAUAAUCAUGUUCCUACAAAUGGGCCGGAACGAACCGCCGCAGGCUUGCAUACGGGCAUGCCAACGAGAAAGCCAGUAGGGCCACGGCCAAUGAUGGCCAACCCGGUUCCCUCUGUGCCCGCCGUUGCCCAAGAAUGCUCCGUGUCGGAAAAAGAUGGGAAUGAAAAGCAAUACAAUCCUACAAUCCCUCCAUUGGAUACGUCGGUACCACCCGCCAGCGCUGGCAAUUCGCAUAUCAACGUCUCUCCAAUCCGCCCACGACCAAUGCAGCAAACGCAUAGUAGAUCACCAUCUCCUCGAAAGCGUGGUAUGGCUUCCACUGGAAAUCCUUUCACCUUAACCAUAAUUCGAAAAGAUCCCAGUACCUCGAGCCAAUGGAACGUUGGACGAGUUUACUCGCGACAACUUGAUCAGCUGUCAGCUCAGCCCGACUCACAUAUACCCCUCUUGCAGACAUCUGGUUUCAAAUCUUCCACAAGCUCAUCAAGAUACCCACCAAUAGAUAUUGAUCUAGAAACAUCAGGAUAUGCCAAAUUCCGCAACAUGGCAUUUAAGAUUAACAGCGCGAACGAAGAAGGCGGGAUGGGGACCCCAGUGCCAGCAGUACGACCGAGCAUCGAUGAGAGAAGCACCAUGAGAGGGGAGAUAGGCGUCUUCUCCCGACGAGUCGCAAUGGAAUACACCAAGAGCUUCAAAACAAAUAUGAAAGAGGCUUUCCAUACCGUGGGCGAGGUUACGAAGUCUGCCAUAAAUCGGCACAGAAGUGAUAGCGUUACGUCAAACGCCUCACAGAAAGCCGAUGCUCCAGCGAUGCCGGACUCGAUUAUUACAUCCGGGCCGCCGCCAGAAGGAAUGAAACCGCGCGGGUACACAUUUCAAAGCCCCUGGGAUGGGAAAUGUGUGUUUCAAACACAAAUGGAUGGUAAAAGCGUCGUGUGUCAGCACACACUCGACGGUCCAAACUCUGAAAGCGCCAUGGUGAGCGAGUUGCGUUUCAACCUGCUCUCCUCCCCAGAACAAACCAAUGGGCCUAAAGGUGCACGGGAAAACUUCAGCAACCUUUUCAAAGUAGGGGCAGUUGCAAAAGAAAGUGGUAUUGGUGCCGAACCGUUGUACACCAACGUCGGAGCUGAGCAUGCUGGCGGGGGCCGAAACGGCCGGGAAGCGAAGUUGGGUAAAUUAAUCAUCUAUGAUGUUGGCCUCAAGAUGCUUGAUCUGUUGGUAGCAUCCAAUAUGGGAGUCUGGUGGGGAGCUUGGGAAAAGCACUUUUAA